GGAAGCGGAAGUGAUGCUCUCAGGCGGCCAGCAAGAGGGCGGAAAUAGUUCCGUGCAGGACGCUCCUGGGGUAGUAAUGGCGAGGCCCGGGGUAGCGCGGGCCACCGCGCGAUCGGCCGGUCUUGGAGGCUCGAGACAGCCGCAAGCGCGGCGGCAGCAGCAGCAGUCGCAGGGACAGCAGCGCUCGGCCUCACGGCCGGGACAGCGCAGCAAAGAAAAGAAGAAAGUGAAUUGCAAGCCUAAGAACCAGGAUGAGCAAGAAAUCCCUUUCCGGCUCCGGGAGAUUAUGAGGAGCCGACAGGAGAUGAAAAAGACGCUAAGUAACAAGAAGAGAAAAAAAGAGGCCCAGGUGGCUUUCAAGAAGACAUUGGAAAAGGAAGCAAAGGGAGAGGAGCCAGACAUCACUGUCCCCAAGUUCAAGCAACGGAAGGGAGAGUCUGAUGUGGCCUACGUCCAGCGCAUGGAACAGGAGGCCCAGCAUGUACUGUUUCUUAGCAAGAACCAGGCCACUCGGCAGCCAGAGGUGCAGGCAGCUCCCAAGAAGGAGAAGUCUGAGCGGAAGAAAACGUUCCAGAAACGACGACUUGAAAAGGCCCAGAAGAAAAGGGAAGCAAGGGCAGUGGACAGAUUGGAGCAGGAGCUGCUAAGAGAUACUGUGACGUUUGGAGAAGUUGUGCUGCAGCCCCCAGAGCUGACAGUACAGCCUAGAAGGAGCACAAUCAAAGAUGCGCCUGGCAAGAAAUCACUAAUGCUGAGGAUGCUGUUGGGCCCUGGUGGUGGGUCCCCGGCUCCAGCCACCUCACUGGCCCGCCAGCGGAUCCUGGGGGAAGAGCGGGAACGGGCUGUGCAGGCUUACAGAGCCCUGAAGAAGCUCCAUCGACAGGAAGUGACACCUGCACAGCCAUCAGGCAGCUCUUCCCAGAGGCAGCUCCAGACUUGUCUAUGAUGCAGAGACACAGGGGUCUAAUCCCCUGGAAAGGGAGAGACAGCAGAUGUCUGAUCCUGGAUAGGGUCCUGAGAGUAAGCUUUCAGUUUGGAAGGGUGCUUUUCCUUCCCCUGAAGACUGUCCUUUUAAGAGUGACCAUCACUGUAUCCCAUCUCUUAUAGGGCAAGUUCCCCCAACACUUGCCUGAGACACAGCUGGAAAGGCUGGUACUUUCCUGGGCCUAAGUUCAUUCUGAAACAAGUCUCGGCUGGGACAAGCCAGGACCACUGUAGAAAGGACUCAAUCCCUUAAUCCAGCUAAUUACUGAAGAAGCUGCUGGUGUAGGUCAGCCUAUUGUUUUAAGACAGCUUCCAUGGCCUCACUGCAACCAUUGGAAGGUAGGGACAGCAAAGCAGGUUAGCGGGACAGUGAAAGAGCAGAUAUACCAAGGGAAGGGGGUCCUGGCAGUCAGCACCUUUUUUUUUCUUUAUUUGCCUGCAGGGGUCUGUACAUGAGACCAGAACUCUCAGCCCACGUUUGGUUUGGGUAGAGGCGGGGUGUUGGUAUUGGCUGAGUGCCUUGAGGUAUGCACAUGGAAACCAGGUUUCAGUGGUUGACGCAGCAGAGUUUUUAUACCAAAAGGGUAGUGGCAAAAGAAUUGGGAGUUCAAAGCUGGUCUUGACUUUAAGCAAAUGUGAUGCCUGCCUGAACAGGUUAGGAGAGUGUCUCAAAACCUUCCCUAGACAUCAAAAGAGCUCAGCUUGGACGCUGCUGGGGAAGCCCACAGUCCUCCAGGAUACCUAGGAGCCUCCCUCCAUCAAAGCUGGUCCUGGAGCCCAAGUGGAGUGCUUUUAGUCCCUCUUCCAAAUGUGCGUUUUCCAGAGUGAAGUUUAUUAAAGCUUUUGUUUUGCUCUUUAA